AUGAAUGCAACAAGAUCCACUAUUGAUGGCCAGGAGAGUGAUGACAAGUCUGGCGUCAUCAUCGGGGUAGCUGCAGCAGUCAUGACUAUUUCGACUGCUGUGGUAGGGAUGAGAAUCUUGUCGAGAAGCUUGAUCAAGCAACUCGGCUGGGAUGAUUGCGCGGCGGUUGCAUCUUUAGCUUUCUUCGUAUCCUUGUCGCUGUAUUUCGCCGCCAUCAUUUUCAUCAAGAUGACGUUUCUACUGCAAUACUAUCGUCUCUUGGAGGUAUCACGCCUGCGGUAUGUUCUAAUAGGCUGCAUGGUCGUGAUUUUCUUGUGGGGCCUCUCUCAAACCUUUGUGGCCUUUUUGCAGUGCAUACCCCUUGACGCAGUGUGGGAUCAUACGAUUGAAAGCAAAUGCAUCAAAAACAUCGCGAUUAUUUGGUACUUCAACGGCACCUUCAACAUCUUCACAGAUUUCAUCAUCAUAACUCUGCCGAUCCCCAAGAUAUUGCAGCUCCAAAUGCCGCGCACACAAAAAGUGGUUGUUGUUGGUGUAUUCAUGUUGGGGUUCUUCACAAUAGCGAUUUCCAUUCUGAGAAUGCAGUGGCUCAAUCUAAUGCCGGAUCGAACGUGGUGGAAUGUAAAACCGGCAAUGUGGUCACUUGCUGAAAUCACGUGUGCUAUUCUCUGCGCUUGUUUGCCUUGCGAGCGAAGCCUCUCUUCAAACCACUCCGGAGUCGUUCUUCUCAGGAUGGCACUCCAUAGACUAUGGUUGAUGAGCAACAAGAAUGUCCAUAUGAUAAUUGAAUAUUAG